AUGGGCGGACGCGUUCUCAGCGGGCGGAACCGCUUGCAGCCCGCGGGCUCAAAAAGCCGCUGCAUCCUGCGAUUUAAAGGAGGGCUCCACGUGAGAUCAAAUCCAGCUUUAAUUAUCAACAGCGAACACCUGAUCAAGGCCAUGGCGGACAGACUGGCCGGGGACGGAUGGAAGAAACUCGGCUACGAGUACAUCACGCUGGAUGACUGCUGGGCAGCCGGAAAGCGGGACGCCCGAGGGAAACUCCAGGCAGAUCCCCGGCGGUUUCCCAGUGGGAUUAAAAUCCUGGCUGAUUAUGUUCAUUCCAAAGGCUUGAAAUUUGGCAUCUACAGUGACUUGGGCAACGCCACCUGUGCAGGUUAUCCUGGGACGACGCUGGAUGCUGUUGAGACGGACGCAAAAACCUUUGCGGAGUGGGGGGUCGACAUGCUGAAGCUGGACGGCUGCUUCUCCAACUCCUCCCUCAAGGCGAUAGGCUACCCCAAAAUGAGCAGAGCGCUGAACAAAACUGGACGGCCAAUCGCCUUCUCUUGCAGUUGGCCGGCUUACGAAGGGGGUCUUCCACCAAAGGUGAAUUACACUUUACUGGGCCAAAUAUGCAACUUGUGGAGAAAUUAUGCUGAUAUUGAAGAUACUUGGGACAGCCUCUUCCACAUCAUUGAAUGGUACGGAGAUCAUCAAGACAUCCUGCAGCCUGCUUCAGGGCCAGGAAGGUGGAAUGACCCUGACAUGGUGAUCGUCAGUGACUUUGGCCUGAGUCACGAACAGUCGAAGGUGCAGGCGGCGCUGUGGGCGAUCCUGGCAGCCCCCUUCUUCAUCUCCUGCAACCUGAGGAACAUCUCGCAUGAGGCCAAGGACAUGUUGCAGAAUCCGCUCCUGAUCUACAUAAACCAGGAUCUGAGGGGAAUUCAAGGCAGACUGGUGGCCAGGAAGCAGAACUUUGAAGUGUGGAAGAGGCCCCUUGUCCACGGCCAGUAUGCCAUCGCUGUUCUGAACAACAGCACUGAUGGGGCCCCACAGUCAUUUGCCACAACGCUGAGGCUUCUGGGUAUCUCAGACUGCAAAGCAGGCUAUAGGAUCUACAACGUGCUAGACAAGCUGUCCUUGGGAGCGUAUGCGCUCAAUGACACCCUCGGUUCUAAGGUUACUCCCACUGGUGUGGUCCUGCUCUUCCUUUACCCGCUGUGCUAAUCCUGCUGUUGUGGAGGGCCAGGGAACCCAGAGCUGCGUUCGAGGAACUGGACCGGCUGCUUCCUCCUUGCAGUGAAGCUUAAGCCCCAAAUCUCUUCCCCUCCCGAAAUUCUCUCUGAAAAGGCCACUUUCAGCUUUCGCUCUGAGACUCGGAGAGUCCACCUCUCCAGGGAGGCAGUCAGUAGAGCCAGCAAAAGAGUCUGAACAGAAGCAAAGUUGGACAAGAAGCGUCAGAGUCUGAGGCGACGUUCUGCGAGCACAAGGAGCUGUUUGUUCUGGCACCUGCGUGAUGCUUUUAAGCCCAAUUCCCACCGAAAGGCUCUUGAAUACGUGGCCCCCUCCUGGACGGGCGUUCCAUGGCUGAGGGGCGGCUGUGGCCGCCCGCUGGCUACUUUCCCACGGAGACGGGGCUGGAGACCAACACCUUGGUCUGGGAAGAUGCGGCUGCUUUGAGGGAAGCCGAAACGGAGGAGCUUUUAUGCGGUUGAUCUGGAUCGUUUUAAGAUUGCUUUAAGAUUGUAUCUGGAUUAUAUUAAUCUAUUCUGAAUCCCAAUGGGGUAUGUGUGUGUUAUUUUUUAAUGUUUUCAUUUUUAGAAUAUAUCUCCCAUUUAAGUGGAGGAAUGUCACAGUAAUAAAUAACCUUGAAAAUCUU